AUGCGAGUAUUGUUUGUGCCGAUUGCCGGCACCGGUCACGUAAACGCCGCUAUAGGUAUGGCACAGGUAUUGCUAUCAUCGGGACACGAGUGCUGGUUUGAUAUCGGCGCCGAUUGGCGGGACAAACUCAGACCGUACGGUAUACGUAUGGUUGGAUCGGAUACCACUGAAACUGAGGACAGGGAUGAUAAAACUGAUGAUAAGGAUAAGCAAAAUACUGAAAAACAAUACCUCAAAUCGCAUGCCCUGUCUAUGAAGGAAAAGGGUAUUUUGGGAUCCGAGUCAACACCGCUAGAGAAAGCGCUUCUACAGCUGGAAGACUGCGAUAAGAUGUUUGCAUUUCAACAGCAACAGGAUCUGCACGUUAACCAAGUAAUACGUGACCUCCGACCCGAUGUUAUAGUGUGCGACCAGUUUUUGUCGCUACCGUCGGUAACCAAAUCGGGUAUACCGUGGGUACUGGUGUGUAGUGCCAAUCCAUUAACAAGUAUACAUCAUGAGUGUACACCCCCAUGGUUUUCAGGUUUGCCAACUAACGGGCCUAAAGAGGACUGGCAGUCGUAUCGUAAGGCACUUAUGACUGGAUCGCGGAAAUUGAAAAAAUUGUUUGACGACAACGAGUUGGCCAAUGGUUUACCGCCGUUACCAGAGAUGGCAUUUAUUAACGAUUCAAAAUAUCUGAAUAUAUACGGCUAUCCAUUGGAAUUGGAUUAUCUCGACCUAAGACCACUUCCGGACAAUUGGUAUCGUUUUGAUAAUCUUAUGCGAUAUGAUAGCAAACCGUCGACUAAACUAUUUGAAAUACCGGAUCAAUUACGUGACAAACCGGGAAAACUAAUAUAUUUUUCAUUGGGCUCUAUGGGCGGCGCAGAUGUCGAUAAUAUGAAACGAUUGAUAGCUAUAUUAGCAAAAUCUGGGCACAGAUUUAUUGUAUCAAAAGGACUGUUAGGCGAUGAUUAUGAUCUGCCAGUUGAUAAUAUGUGGGGACAGCCAAGUGUACCGCAACUGGAAAUCUUGCCAUUAGUUGAUUUGGUUAUAACUCACGGCGGAAACAAUACCAUAUCGGAAACGAUAUACUUUGGUAAACCUAUGAUAGUUAUGCCACUGUUUGCCGAUCAGUACGAUAACGCACAGAGAGUUCAUGAAAAAGGGUUUGGUAUACGACUCGAUGCCUACAAGUGCUCUGAAGAGGAACUAUUGUCAUCCAUUGAGUGUUUAUUGAACAACAAUUUGUUGACAGAAAAGUUGUCCAAAAUUUCUCAACGAAUUCAAUCGGAAAAAAGUAUUGAAAAAUUGCCGCAACUUUUGCUAGAAUUGGUUCACAAAUGUUAA